GGAAGGUGUUAGACCAUGUCUUCUUCAGGUAGAUCGUGGCCCCUGAGCCUCAUGUUUCUUCUGGGGAUGGGGAUGGCAUCGAAGAGGACCAACUGCCCGAGCAGGUGUAGCUGUCAGUACCUGGAAGUGAAUUGCACAGGGCAGCAGUUGCAGGAGUUCCCUGCAGCCAUCCCACUGGACACCAGGCAGCUGAUUCUGGCGGCAAACAACGUGUCGUACCUGCCAGCAGUGGAACUGAGCUUCUUGGCUGAUUUAGUCUAUCUGGACUGCAGGAAGAACCUCCUGGGGGAUGACCUGGAUUUCACUUUCAUUGGUGUGGCCAAGCUUGUCUAUCUGGACCUCAGCUUCAACAACCUCACACAGGUCACCUUCAGCACUUUCUCCCACCUCCUCAGCCUGGUAGUGCUGAAGAUCUCAGACAAUCCCAACCUUGUGGCCAUUGAGAAGGAUGCUUUUGCCAAUAAUACCUGGUUGAGGCAUCUGGAUGUGAGCCGGACAGGCUUAACGUUCCUGGACACCAGCACCGUCCGGGACCUGCCCAACCUGAGGUUUCUGGGGCUCAGUGACAACCUGUGGCACUGCAACUGUUCCUUUUUGGACUUCAUCAACUGGAUGACAGAAAGCAACGUGCAUUUUUCAGAUGCUGAAAACAUCACCUGCUACACUCCAGAAGGCCUGCGUGCCCUGAAAAUGCCUGCAGUGGAGGCACAGCUCCACUUCAACUGCCUGACCCAACUGUACAAGCAAGACUACAUCUUUCUGUGUCUCAUUGGCUUCUGCAUAUUCUUUGCUGGCACUGUGGCAGCCUGGCUGGCUGGCAUCUGUGCUGUCAUCUACGAAGUCCACACUUCAAAGCAGGAGGAGGAGGAGGAAGACACAGACACUUAG